AUGACUGUGCCGUCCGCAUCUGAGGCUGCGGCGAAGGUCGCUAAUGUCGCUGCUGGUACUCAGUCGUCGGCGAAAGAAUUCAAGAAGGAGUCGACAGCAGCACGUGUCCUCGGCGCAGGAACGGCCGGUAUCGCCGAAUUGAUGAUUUUCCACCCCGUCGACACCACCGCGAAGCGAUUGAUGAGCAACCAGGGCAAGAUCGCAUCGGCCUCCCAAUUGAACCAGGUCGUUUUCAAGGACAAGGCACAUGCCUCAGUCAGCGGUCGCUUCUUCUCCCUGUUCCCUGGACUGGGAUACGCCGCAGCAUACAAGGUCCUCCAACGUGUCUACAAAUAUGGCGGUCAACCCUUCGCUCGGGAUUAUCUCGCAAAGCACCACGGUGACAGCUUCGACCGCACAUUUGGCAAGGGCAAUGGGAAGGCGAUAAUGCAUGCCACCGCAGGCAGUCUUGUCGGUAUUGGCGAAAUUGUCCUCUUGCCGUUGGACGUCCUGAAGAUCAAACGUCAGACAAACCCUGAAGCUUUCAGAGGCCGAGGGUUGUUCAGGAUCAUUGCGGACGAAGGUUUUGGUCUGUACCGUGGUUGGGGAUGGACGGCGGCACGUAAUGCUCCGGGCUCGUUCGCACUGUUUGGUGGUUCGGCCGCUGCAAAGGAAUACCUCUACAAGCUCAGCGACUACAACACGGCCAGCUGGGGACAAAACUUCGUCGCUUCAAUUGCCGGUGCCAGCGCAUCCCUUAUUGUGUCGGCUCCUCUAGACGUUAUCAAGACCAGGAUACAGAACAGAAACUUUGAAAACCCCGAGAGCGGUUUCAGGAUUAUUUCCAACAUGAUGAAGAACGAGGGUUUCCCGUCCUUUUUCAAGGGCCUGACACCGAAGCUUUUGAUGACCGGCCCCAAACUCGUCUUCUCGUUCUGGCUGGCCCAAACAUUGAUACCCGCUUUCAACAAGAUGAUGUAA